GGCCGUUUUAGGAGUCCUGCUAACCAACUCCCGUCUUGGCAUCAGGUGAGUGUAUUCCCACGGCCACGGGCUUUCCUCCCACGCCAGGCCACGGGCUUCAUGUGCCUCAAAUGGACCUUUUGUUAUUUUUUUGUUUGACAUCACCUACCUAGACGCUCUCGUUGCAGUUGCUGCAGAAGGGAAAUGUUUUUGGCUCCCCCCUUGACCAUCAUAUUCUCUCCAGCUAUAAAUCCCAUUAUGCUGACCAUGUCCUUCCCUGCUUCCAUCCUUCCUCCCAUGAGCAUCUCUCACAGCACUUCCCAUCCUUUUGAAAUCCGUCCUUGUCCACGAAACUGCUGUUAUCCUCGCCUUCUUUAUCUCCUACUGCAGGCUUUCCUUUGUUUACUAGGUAGUAACCUCUCGACGAGAAUAUCGAAUCUGGGGGAGAAAAGGAGAAGAGGAAGCUAUCGAGAGGAUGAAGGGGGUUUUUAUAAAGUACUCUGUCCUUAUUAGAUGACCUAUUAAAUAUAAAUAUACAGUGCUACCUAAGAGAUAAAUAUACAUCAAAAAUGACAAAGGUUCAACAUCGUAAAUCGUCUCAUCUUGCAUCAGGUC